AUGCAUGAGCAGAACAGCCAUGGGUAUGCUGUGAGGGAUGGUGUCACAACAACAUUUGGCGAUGACCUGAGUGAAUGCUACACAGCAGCCCAUGCCAAUGGCAGCCAUCUUGCCAACCCAGAAUCCUCCACUGGUACACAGAUCAAUGGGAAGCCGUCUCCUGAGGAGUUUGAGCACAUCAUUCGCUCCAUGGCUCAGGGGCGCUACGUGACACACAUGGAGCUGGUGAAGCCGCUGUCUGGGGGCCUAGGCUUCAGCGUGGUUGGUCUGAGGAGUGAGAACCGCGGGGAGCUGGGCAUCUUCGUCCAGGAGAUCCAGCCCGGGAGCGUGGCCCACUGCGAUGGGAAUCUGAAGGAGACAGACCAGAUCUUGGCCAUAAACGGUCAGCCCCUGGACCAGACAGUGACCCACCAGCAGGCCAUAGGCAUCCUGCAGAGAGCGUCUGAGCGUGUGCAGCUUACUGUGGCCAGAGGACCCAUCCCUCAGCUGGCCAGCCCCGUGGUGUCCCGCACGCCCUCUGCUGCCAGCACCCUGUCUGCCCACUCCAGCGCGGCCCACUGGAAUCAUGUAGAGACCAUCGAGCUGGUCAACGACGGGACAGGCCUGGGCUUUGGCAUUGUGGGAGGAAAGAACACCGGUGUCAUUGUCAAAACCAUCCUGCCUGGAGGCAUCGCUGAUCAGGAUGGGCGUCUGCACAGUGGGGACCACAUCCUCACGAUUGGGGACACUGACCUUUAUGGCAUGGGCAGUGAGCAGGUGGCUCAGGUCCUGAGGCAGUGUGGUAACAGAGUGAAGCUGGUCAUCACCAGAGGCCCUCCAGAGGAGACCUCCACCGUCCCAAUGCCGUUGCCCACUGUCACAGAGCAACAGGGCUAUGAGGAAGAGGAGGCUGAAUCGUUCGACGUCGGGCUGACCAAGAACGCCCAGGGUCUGGGAAUCACUAUCGCCGGCUAUGUGGGGGACAAGAAUUCCGAGCCCUCUGGUAUUUUUGUGAAAAGUAUAACUAAAGACAGUGCAGUAGAGCAAGAUGGCCGCAUCCAUGUUGGGGACCAGAUCAUAGCCGUGGACGGAAUGAAUAUCCAGGGCUACACCAACCAGCAGGCCGUGGAGGUGCUGAGACACACGGGCCAGACGGUACACCUGAAGCUGGUCAGAAGUGGCUUCCGUCCAGAGGACAUCCCACCCACUGUGGUGCCCAGUGUGAUCGUACUUCCACCAACCCCAGGGGGCCGAGACCCCACACUGGAGAGAACAGAUGUUGUGGACACCACCGCUCAAGGUGAGAAACAGUACCAGGCAUUGAGUGGGGAAUCGGAUGUCUCCACUGUGAAGGAUCAGUUAACUAAGAACACCAGAGACGAAGCAAAGCUAACAGAGGAUGAAGAGUUGGAGCUGAUGAAGAAGUGGCAGGAGACGCUCGGCCCCAGCAACAAAGUAGAGAUUGCCCAGGUGGAGAAGUUCAGUGAGAGCAGUGGUCUGGGUAUCAGUCUGGAGGCCAACAACGGGCACCACUACAUCCGCUCUGUCCUGCCCGAGGGGCCAGUGGGCCGCUGUGGGAAACUCAUCAGUGGGGACGAACUGCUCGAGGUCAAUGGAAUAUCCCUGAUUGGUGAGACCCACAAGGAAGUGGUGAGGAUUCUGAAGGAGCUUCCUGUCUGUGUCUACAUGGCCUGCUGUAGGCCCGCCCCUCUCCUUCAGAGUGACAGGGAUUCUGUCCAAACAGGGUUGGAUGAAUUUUCCACUGAACCUAAAAUUAAGAUACAGGGAGACCUCAGCAGUUUCCUGGUUCCCGGAGGUUCCGAGGGGGCGGCAACAAGGGAAAAUGUGACGGAGGAGACUCUGGGAGCUCCUUUGGCCAUGUGGGAGACGGAAAUACAGGACAUCGAGCUGGAGAAGGGAGAGAGUGGACUGGGAUUCAGCAUCUUGGACUACCAGGACCCAAUGGAUCCGGCCAAGACGGUGAUCGUGAUUCGCUCUCUGGUGCCAGAAGGAGUGGCCGAACGGGAUGGCAGGCUUUUGCCAGGCGACCGGCUCAUGUUUGUCAACAGCACCAAUCUGGACAACGCCAGUCUGGAGGAAGCCGUCCAGGCACUGAAGGGGGCCAACAUCGGCAUGGUUCACAUUGGGGUGGCCAAGCCACUGCCUAUUGACUCCAAUGAGGGAGACCUGGCCGAUGAGAGGGCAUUGGAGCGUCGCUUCUCUGGCAAUGAGGAUGACACCUUACAGGCAUCCAUGAUCGCCCUCCACGGCAGCACCUGCAGCGCCGAUAUGGACUACCAGACUACCUUGCAGUCCUCCACACCCAAACGGAGUGCCCGCCUGGACUUGUUGACUGAGCAUCCCUUGGUGACGUUGUUCGGCCUUGCGGACGACACUGAACCCUUCUCCCCGGAGGAGAAGCCCAUCGUUUUCCCCCUGCCCAGGAGUAUUGGAGGUCACGCCCUAACGAUUGACGACAACGCACUAACUAGCUCCGAUCAGUACCUGGCGCAUCACUUAACCCAAAUGGAGCCGUCGGAUCUGUCAAACUCGUACAGUCCGUACACUGACCCUGAGCCCGGUUUGAAUGAUUUGGGGGAGCCGGUGCAGUCUCUCCAUUUUCAGGUGGAGUCCACCAUGGCCAUAGGGGAGAUGGAAGGCUUAAUGAAGGGGGAUGAGCCAUCUGUAAAGCAGUCCAAAGAGGAAAGGGAUGAGGUUAUAACCACUGGGAGUCAUUUUGAAAGGACAAUCACUGUUGUCAAGGGCAACUCCAGUCUCGGAAUGACAGUGAGCUCCAUCAAGGAUGGCUUGGGGAUGUACAUCCGCAGCAUCAUCCACGGUGGUUCCAUCAGCCGAGACGGCCGUCUGGGAGUGGGGGACCUAAUCUUAGUCAUCAACGGCGAGUCCAUGGCCAACCUGACUAACACCCAGGCCCGCGCCAUGCUCCGGAGACACUCCCUCAUCGGGCCAGACUUGGGAUCUGCUUGUGCCCCAGAGGACGAUCUGUGCCCCUUUUAUGUCAUUACCUAUGUCCCUGUGGAGUAUCUGGAGGAGUACAAGACAAGCCUGGAGCAGCCUAAAGAUGACAUCUGCUCUGAUGCACCUCCCGCCCCAAUAAGAGAAAUCCCAGAACUUCCUGAGCGGGAGGAUGGAGAGGGAGAGGAGAGCGAGUUACAGACCGCCACCUUCAGUAACUGGAACCAGCCUAUGAAGGUGGAGCUCAAAAGAGAAGUGGGCAAGUCCCUUGGCAUCAGCAUUGUGGGGGGCAGAGGGAUGGGCAGUCGCCUUAGCAACGGCGAGGUGAUGCGGGGCAUCUUCAUCAAACACAUCAUGGAGGACAGCCCCGCCGGCCGCAAUGGAACCCUGAAGACUGGAGAUAGGAUUGUUGAGGUGGACGGUGUGGACCUGAGUGAUGCCAGUCACGAGCAGGCUGUGGAGGCCAUCCGCAGGGCAGGAAACCCUGUAGUGUUCCUGGUCCAGAGUAUCGUCCACAGGCCCAGGUCCUCAACCACGGACACCAACGAGGAGAGAGUGGCGCGGCGCAAUAGUGACAAGCCGGCAAAGCGGGAAGCGGGAAAGACAUCGUCCACCACUCCUCACCUCUCUCUUCCUGUGGUUCCCCACGUUGGAGAGACAGACACGGAUACUCUGACAGAGAUUCCCGACAGACCGUCCCAGACGGAAGAGGAGGAUAAGUUUGGCUACAGAUGGAAAAACAUCAGUCAGAGGUACGGCAGCCUCCCAGGGCUUCUGCACAUGAUUGAGCUGGAGAAGGGGAAGACCGGCCUGGGCCUUAGCCUGGCUGGCAACCGUGACCGCUCCCGCAUGAGCGUGUUUGUGGUCGGGAUCGACCCCAGUGGAGCUGCCGGCAAAGAUGGUCGCGUUGUGGUCGGGGAUGAACUGUUGGAGAUCAACGGGCAGAUUCUGUAUGGGCGGAGUCACCAGAAUGCCUCCUCCAUCAUUAAAAGCGCCCCAUCGAAGGUCAAGAUCAUUUUCAUCAGGAACACAGAUGCUCUCAACCAGAUGGCUGUGGGACCAGUGAGGGAGCAUGGAGACACACUGGAACCCCAGACAGAGCUGGAAACAUGUUCUUCCAUUGCACCCUCGGCGAUCGAUGUCGACAUGUUCAAAUAUGUGCAGCACGUCAUUCUGCUGAAGGAGGAGGGUGGAUUCGGCAUCACUUUCAGUGAGGACACCAAGGAUGGGGUUGUGAUUCAGAGUAUAACUGAAAAAGGACCAGCAGGAAAGGACGGCAGCAUCAAAUCUGGAGAUAAACUCCUGGCUGUGGAGGACACGCCAGUGAUGGGCUACACUGUGGACAGGGUCCACUCUUUACUGAAGAAGGCCAAAAGCUCAGUGAAAUUGACUAUCUGCACAGACAAGUCAUCACCCCUUCUCCCUCAAUGUACUGGUCAGGCAACCAGCCUACCCAGUAUCCCUAGAAUCUCCAUGGAUACCCUGGGCCAGUCUGAGUCAGAGCCAAUCAGGAGCUCUAGUCGCUCGUCCACCCCUGGCACUCUGGCUUCCUCUGACCCUGUGACCUGUCCCAUCAUCCCCGGCUGUGAGACCACCAUAGACAUCUCCAAGGGCCGCACAGGCCUGGGCCUCAGCAUCGUGGGGGGCUGUGACACUCUACUGGGGACCAUCAUCAUUCACGAGGUCUAUGAGGACGGAGCUGCCUCCAAGGAUGGGAGACUUUGGGCUGGGGACCAGAUCCUGGAGGUGAAUGACAUUGACCUGCGCGUUGCCACUCAUGACGAAGCUAUCAACGUGCUUCGCCAGACCCCUCAGCGGGUGCGUGUCAGCGUUUACAGGGACGAGGCUCAGUACAAGGAGGAGGACCUGUGGGAUGCCUUCACCGUGGAGCUGAACAAGAAGCCCGGCCAGGGCCUGGGCCUCAGUAUCGUGGGGAGAAGGAACGACACAGGGGUGUUUGUGUCAGACAUAGUGAAAGGGGGCGUGGUGGAGAGUGACGGGAGGCUGAUGCAGGGAGACCAGAUCCUGUCCGUCAACAAGGAGGACGUCAGAAAUGCCACCCAGGAGUUAGUGGCCGAGCUGCUGAAGUGUGGUGUGGGACCCAUAGUGAUGGAGGUGGGCAGAUUUAAAGCCGGGCCCUUCCACUCUGAGAGGAGGUUCUCACAGGGCAGUCAGAUGAGUGAAACAGGCAGCUGCAAGGUGACCCCUCACUCUCUGUCAGCCUCCUCUGGAAGCCUCCAAGUGGACUGUGACAGCUUACAACACACAAAUCAGGAGUCACUGGACCACCAGGAGAUCAGAAGUGUUGAAUUCACUAAGGGCCCCACUGAUUCCUUGGGCAUCAGUAUUGCGGGUGGAGUGGGCAGUCCCCUGGGUGAUGUUCCCAUCUUCAUCGCCAUGAUGAACCCUACUAGCCUCGUUGUCCAGACACACAAACUCAAGAUCGGUGACAUUAUUGUCAGUAUCUGUGGGACCGCUACUGAGGGUAUGAGCCACAGCCAGGCCGUCACCCUGCUGAAGAACGCCACCGGCACCGUCAGGCUUCAGGUGGUAGCAGGGAGUGAUACCACAGUGACUGGCCCCUUUCAUGAGCAGACAGCUACCGGACUCUCAGUCUCAGGUCUUACUGCUACUAGCAUCUUCCACGACGACCUGGGACCUCCUCAAUAUAAGACCAUCACACUGGACAGAGGCCCAGACGGACUGGGCUUCAGCAUCGUUGGUGGCUUCGGAAGCCCACACGGAGACCUGCCCAUUUAUGUGAAAACCGUGUUCGGAAAGGGGGCAGCGUCAGAGGACGGGCAUCUGAAGCGGGGGGAUCAGAUUAUGGCUGUUAACGAACAGAGUCUGGAGGGGGUCACCCACGAGGAUGCCGUGGGCAUCCUGAAGAGGACCAAAGGAACAAUCACCCUGACUGUGCUUUCCUAGAUGCACACAUAGACAAAUAAUCAUACCUUGAGGUAGACACGCAUACACACCUAAAAAAAUAUAUACUGUACAAGUAUACUGAAAUGUGAACACACACUACCAUAUGUUCCUAAGCGCUAACCUUGUUUUGUAGCAAGAAACACUGUGAUCAAUAUUAUUUGAAGCUACUGCAGGUAGACUGAAGUAUUCACUGGACACUGUGUCUCAGAUCAUCUAUACUCUAGUUUUCUGUGCUCAGACAUGGACUGUAGUGUUAUGAUAUUUAGGGUUAAUAGCCCUUGAAAAGAUUUCUAUAGAAUGAGGGCCAUUAUUUAAGGCUUAUGCUACUGUAAACUGCUGUCCGUCCACUUCGAUAUUGAAGUCACUGUGGUUCUAGCGAAGAGACAGUGAGCAAGUCUAGACUCUUUGAAUAACAUUUCAAUCAUGUUUGAGUAACAUUUUAUCUGUGAUGCAAAGCACCUUUUCAGAAGGGACAUGGUCUGAAAUCUUUGGUUUCUUGGUCAGAAGUUACACAGACCAAGUCUGUAAGUGUGUGUACGUGGUCACAGUCAGGGAAAGGAGAGUGUGUGUAUGAGACAUUCACUGCUGCUAAUGCGUAUGAUGAUGAUGUGAAGCCUUGUUUUACACAAUUUUAACGUUCAAGUAUUAAUCGUUUUUUUCUGUCAUGACCGUACUUUGUCAUAAUAUGAUAGAAGGUGAAACCAGCCAACUUCUAUGGUCUAUCUCAGUGGUCUCCAACCCUGGUCCUGGAGAGCUACUGAGUAUGCAGGCUUUUGCUCCAACCUAGCACUUGCACAGCUGUUUCACAUAAUCAACCGUUGACAGUCUUCAAUAUGGACCACGAUUAGCCUAAUCAAGUGUGUUAGUGUUGGGCUGGAGCAAAAGCCUGUACACCCGGUCACUCUUUGGUAGGAGUUGGAGCUCCCUAUCUAUCUCAAACCAUUAGCUGGAUACACCAUGUUCUAGUUUCACAAUAAUGGAUCUCCUAUUCAACAUGGCGUCAGUCACACUCUUGUCACCCACCGUACAUGUGUACUUAGUAUCUCCAGCACAGUAUUGAGUUGUUCACAGGCUGAAUUAAUAAAAUUGACCUUCAA